AUGCAUUUCUCCACCAUCUUCACCCUCUUUGCCGCUGCCGCAAGCUUUGCCGCCGCUGCUCCACCUCAAGACGCUAAGCGCGACGACACGGUCUGCGCUUCUGGUACUGGGUUCUUCCAAUCUUGUGCCAAUGGCUUUCGCGGCUGCUGUAAAUCCGAUGCUUGCACCAUCGGCUACUGCCCCGACGUGACCGGCACCUCCAACAACCCCCCCGCUGAGACCACCCCCGCUACAACGGCACACUCGAAUCACUGGCAGCCCACCGAUCCGACCGUCUGUGCUCCAGGCACUGGCUUCUUCCAGUCUUGCUCCAAUGGAUUCCGCGGCUGCUGCAAGUCCGACGCCUGCACCAUUGGUUACUGCCCGGACAUCAAGGCCUUCGAGACCGUAACUAAGGCUGCCCCCAAGACCACCCCGACUCCCACCCCGGAGGCCAAGUGUAACAAUAACGGCGAUGGCAACGCUGACCCUACCGUCUGUGCCCCCGGUACUGGUUUCUUCCAGUCUUGCUCUAACGGCUUCCGCGGAUGCUGCAAGUCUGAUGCUUGCACUCUCGGCUACUGCCCUUCCACCUCCGAGAAGCGACAGGAUCCUACUGUUUGCGCUCCCGGUACCGGUUUCUUCCAGUCUUGCUCCAACGGCUUCCGCGGUUGCUGCAAGCAGGAUGCUUGCACCAUUGGCUACUGCCCUUCCAACUAA